GAGACCGUUUCAAAACUGAGUCCAGAUGAUCCUGCCGUCCCUUUCCUGAAAAUCUCAACACUAAAAGCCUGAGAAACCCUGUAGUGUAGAAGUUUAUCCUCUACCAAGCUGGGGGUGGCAGACUCUGAGUGCCACACUGAAAGAGUCUUAGCUCCGCCUCAGCAACGGUCAUUAUCAUCUUCCCCAGAAAGACCACAUUCCCAGGGUGGAGUUGGUCCUCCGAGGGAGCUGUUGUGCCGCUCACGUUGGCGGGCUCCAAAGGAAGAAUGUUCUAGCCUUCCGCCCUACUCGAUGGUAAGGCCCACGGCUGCCUGGCCUCUGGGCGCCGCCAUGUUGGAGGCUCAGGACCGGAGCCAUGGCUGGGAGCGCGAGAGCCAGAGCGCGAGCCGGGCCUCCUCUUCCCGGCAGAUGCUGGAAGUGCGGCCAGGGCUUUACCUGGGUGGGGCCGCGGCCGUCGCGGAGCUGGACCAGCUGAGGGAGGCGGGCAUCACGGCCGUACUGACGGUGGACUCGGAGGAACCCAGCUUUAAGUCGGGGGCCGGGGUCGAGGUUCUACGGCGCCUCUUUGUGCCAGCACUGGACAAACCGGAAACCGACCUGCUCAGUCACUUAGACCGAUGCGUGGCCUUCAUCGCCCAGGCCCACGUCGAGGGCCGCGCGGUGUUGGUGCACUGUCAUUCAGGAGUUAGUCGAAGUGUUGCUGUAGUGACUGCUUUUAUGAUGAAGACUGAGCAACUUACCUUUGAAACAGCCUAUGAAAACCUCAGGACUGUCAAUCCAGAGGCUAAGAUGAAUGAGGGGUUCGAGUGGCAACUGAAAUUAUACCAAGUAAUGGAAUAUGAAGUGGAUACCUCUAGUGCAAUUUAUAAGCAAUAUCGUUUACAAAAGGUUACAGAGAAGUAUCCAGAAUUGCAGAAUUUACCUCAGGAACUCUUUGCUGUUGAUCCAACCAGCAUUUCACAAGGAUUGAAAGAUGAGGUUCUCUACAAGUGUAGAAAGUGCAGGCGAUCCUUAUUUCGAAGUUCUAGCAUUUUGGAUCAUAAUGAAGGAAGUGGUCCGAUAGCCUUUGCUCACAAAAGAAUGACACCAUCUUUCAUACUUACGAAAGGGAGUCAGGCUCAAUGUACCUCUUAUUUCAUUGAACCUGUACAGUGGAUGGAAUCCAUUUUGUUGGGAGUGAUGGAUGGGCAGCUUCUUUGCCCAAAAUGCAGUGCCAAGUUGGGUUCCUUCAACUGGUAUGGUGAACAGUGCUCUUGUGGUAGAUGGAUAACACCUGCUUUUCAGAUACACAAGAAUAGAGUGGAUGAAAUGAAAAUACUACCUGUUUUGGGAUCACAAACAACAAAAAUACAGACUUGUGACAUUUGAUAGCUUUGAAAGAAACUUGUUGAUGAUUGAUACGUGCUACCCUUGCAUAUUGUCCUUUUUGACAGAUUUUCUAGUUUUUGGGUCAUCAGCAUUUCAUUUGAAAUGUGAGAAGAUAAAAUCAGUUGAUGUGACUUGGAAACUAUGCUUUCUUAGUUUAUUGUAUUAUAUAGGUAGAAUAACUGAUAGAGAAAUUGAAGCUUUUUAAUUGUGUACAUUGUACUUCAUUGGCUGUUAGAAUCUUCAUUACCUCUAGAUAUGUUGUUUCCUGUAUUUUGAAUAGUUCUGAUUUUUGAAUGUUAGUUUUGUGAUCUUACGGUCUGGAGAGACAAAACUAUGUACAAAAAUUAAAAAUAGUCAUGUUUAAAUAGAUAUUCUUUUACUUCCAGAAAUGUAAAGCAGAUUUAUUUGGCCAUAUUUUGAAAUUUAUUUUUUUAAGAGACAUCAGAAAAUCUUAAGUAUGUCUGGAUUUUUCUUGGAUACGUAGAAAGGCACUGAUAAAAAAGUGAUUUUUCUGUUACUAUUUAAGAAUUCCAAUAAUCUAAAUUGUUUAGAAAAGCAUAUUUGAGAUAUCUCUUGAGGUAAUCUACAUGAAGAAAUGUAUUAAUGUGAGGUGUGUUUCUAAUGAUAAUAAAGAAAACAAAUUCUUAAAACCCAAAAAUAGGAGUAAUUUUAAAUGUAAAGGGAAAAAAAUGAAUAAUGAUCCUCUUUAAAAAAAAAUGCCUGGCUUAAUUUUUUAAAUGUAUGGGAGUUUUAUGGAUGAUUCUUGAGAAAAUCUCAACAUAGGACCCGAAACCUUUGGCAACUUCCAUAUAUUAAUCUUUUCUUGUGAGAAUAUAAAGUAUUACUACUGAAAACUGACAGUUGUUCUUAAGUUAGUUUUGGCAGCCAAGGUUGCUGUGUCCUUCCAGCCUCUCCCAGAAUAAAUGAUACAUAUAAAUCUGCUGCAUUUUUAUUGUGUUUCUUUCAUAAUCUACUGAGUCCUCUGUUUCACAAAUAAAGCAAAAGGAUUUACUGUGGGCCAAGAACAAAAGGGCCUGACUUUGGGCAUACACUGUGGGUGGAGAUGUUUAGAAAAUUGUAACGCUUCCCCUCCAAAAGUAAUCUGGAGACUCACUAGAGGGGCCUGCUGUAGACACUAGUCAUGCCCUCUGUCAUCCCUUCCCACCACUUCAGUAGAGCAGUGCCAGCACUGUGCUCAGGACUGGCACUAAAAGGAAAUUAAAAACCAAAUGCUUUGCCUUCGAGUUGAUUCCAACUCAUACUACCCCGUAGGACAGAGUAGAACUACCCCAUAGGGUUUCCAAG